AUGCCUGCAUGGUUAGCCAAUUUGACAGCAAGCGAGGGAAUGAACAUAGAAAUCCUGUUGAACAGCGUCAUCACCACAAUGCCUUCAUGGUUAGCCAAUUUGAUAGCAAGCAAGGGAAUGAACAUAGAAAUCAUUUGUUUGACUCCUUAUCUGGAGAAGCUUGAUACACAGGGUUUCGGGCUGACUCUUAUAUUUGAAGGGGAAAGAGGGGGGGUGAUGUUGCCUUUGAAGGGGGAAGGGAUACUCUAUGACAUGACCAUACUCCCCAUCCUCUCCCCUCUCGGCCCUCUCUUUCUCACUGUAGAGGAGCUAAGUGAUAUGACGGCUAUUAAGGCAGAGGAUAUCUUGGCCACCCUUCAGAGCUUGGAAUUGAUCCAGUAUCGAAAGGGGCAACAUGUCAUAUGUGCAGAUCCCAAGGUAUUGGAUCGUCAUCUUAAAGCAGCCGGCCGAGGUGGUCUUGAGGUUGAUGUUACCAAAUUGAUAUGGACUCCUUAUAAAGAGCAAAAUUGA